AUGCAAAAUUUCGGACUUAAGUAUAAAAAGUCUUCAAAUUCUCGACUUCUGACUUUUCCAGCUUUUGGGCUUACAAAUUCCACCGUGAAAGUGAACAACGCCGGAGUAUCCUUCAAUGGCCUCCGCGAGAACUCGGUGGAGCAUGCAGAGACGGUGAUAAAGACCAAUUUCUAUGGACCGAAGCUGCUAACUGAGGCGUUGUUGCCGGUGUUUCGCUGCUCAAACUCUAAAAGCCGAAUACUAAACAUUAGCUCAAGGCUCGGCUCGUUAAGUGUAAGUGAAAACUAG